AAGCUAUUCGUAGUACUAUGCAGAGAUCGUAAGUUGCCGUCGAAUCAAAUUAGUUGCCCCACAUCCAGUCACACGUAUUCCCAUUAUUGGCGAGUCAAUCAUAUCACAAGUCCAUUGUGUGACAGAAGUCGUCGAGAAGAAGUAUCGAAACAGAAAGAGAUGGAGCGAUAGAAAGCGACGAACUUGGUGACAUUGGCGUACUUAGACGUAAUAGAUUCAGAACGUUAACUAUUUACAGAACAAAAAAUACGAAAAUUCUACUACUGUGCCCUGGAAUCACUAGAGCCUAAAAAUGAGAAUCCUGGAGGGGGUUAGGUGGAGCAAGCGGCCUAGUCCCCUUGCCCCUGUGCUGUUCCGUUGACGGGACUUGGCAACUAACGAUCUCUGUAUAGUAUGUGCUGAGUGUUCAGGAAGGCAACUGUUAACGUGUAAUGGGUUUAGAAGAUUAUAAAGAACUUGUGGCAUCAUGUGCCUCAAUUUGUACAAUGGGACAAAUGUUAGCUGGAACAUUAAUAUGCAAGGAUAUUUAUCGAAAAGGUUCAUCUAAAGGUUUUGACCCAAUGCCUUUUUUGGGUGGCAUAGGAAUGUGCACUUUGAUGCUUCGGUAUGCAUGGAUUGUAAGAGAUCCUGCAAUGAUUAAUAUUAAUGUUUUUGGAUUACUUACAAAUGUGGCAUAUAUGUCUGUAUAUUACUAUUACUCACCACAAACGAAGGAUACGCUUGCUUUAAUAGGCAAGGUAACAGCUUUCGUAAUGGUCUUGCUUGCGUAUGCACAAAUGGAAAAUGCGGAAAACAUCGAAUUCAGAUUCGGUUUAAUUGUAACAGUAUUACUGAUGCUCUUAAUAGGAUCUCCUUUGGUACAUCUCGGAGAGAUUAUAGAAACAAAAAAUACGGAUAUUCUUCCGUUUCCACUUAUAUUUAUGGGCAGUAUUGUGACAUUUCUGUGGCUAUUAUACGGCCUUGUAAUCGGUAACGGUUUUAUUAUCUUUCAGAACGCGGUAGGGUUUGCUCUUAAUCUGAUGCAAAUGUCAUUGUUUGUGAUAUUCCCAUCAAAAUCGAAAACCAAAACGUCCAACCAAGAGAAGACAGACUAA